UAUUUAUCGGAUUUAAAUAUAUUUCUCAAAUACGAAAAGAUCCAAAUUUUCCUAUUUCAACGCUUUUUACUUGAUAAAACUUUUCAGAAUCCUCCCCUGUUUCAGCCAAAAGCCACCGCCAUGGGAAUCGUUGGAAAUCUCAAUACGCAACAGUUCCAAUCUUUCAACUCUCAAGGUUUUCUUGUAAUGGAGUCAUUUGCGAGUCCCGAAGAAAUUGAAGCUAUGAGGAAGAGAAUGGACGAAUUGCUUCAGGACUUUGACCCCACCACCACCGCUUCUAUUUUCUCCACCAAAAAUCAGAUACAGUUGACCAGUGAAUACUUCUACGAAAGUGCUGAAAAGAUUUCUUUUUUCUUUGAAGAAAAAGCAUUUGACGAUAACAGAAACUUAAAGCAAUCAAAGGAACUUUCUAUCAAUAAAGUUGGGCAUGCAUUACAUGAGAUUGACCCAGUUUUCAAAGAAUUCUCUUGCUCUGAGAAAGUUUCGAGUUUGCUGUUCUCCUUAGGUUACAAGAGGCCAGUGAUCAUUCAGUCAAUGUAUAUUUUUAAGCAACCAGGUAUAGGAGGUGAAGUAAGUCCUCACCAGGACAACUCAUUUCUUUACACUGAGCCAAAAACUUGCACUGGGCUAUGGCUUGCUCUAGAAGAUGCAACAGUCGUAAACGGCUGCCUUUGGGCCAUUCCUGAAUCUCAAAAAAAUGGCCUUGUUAGAAGGUUCAUUAGGGGUGAAGAUGGAGUUUACUUUGACCGGCCUUCUCCAUCCUAUGACCAGAAAGAUUUUGUGCCUAUUGAAGUGAAAGCUGGAUCUUUGGUUGUAAUUCAUGGUGAUCUUAUUCAUCAAAGUUUUGAAAAUCAAUCUCCAAAUUCACGGCAUGCAUACAGCUGGCAUGUGGUAGAUACUGAUGGCUGCAAGUGGGCUGAAGAUAAUUGGAUCAAAAGAAAAGUGGAGCCAGAGCCCCUCUAUGCUUCUUGAUCAGACCUGAGAGUUCAUCCCCGGUAGUUGCCUGGAGCGUUCAUGUACGUGUCUAAGCAAAAUUAUUUAUGCUCAGUGGCAAUGUGUAUCAUGGGAUUGUGCUCACCGUGUACUAUAUACUGAAAAACCAAAAUGGCUGGCCAUUUUAAUGUUCCUUCACCGACAUUCCGUUGUAUAUUGACCUCUCAACAAUAUAAUAAUACAUCUGCAUACAUUACUUCAC